GCUGAUGCUGCAGAGCCGGCGGGGUCCCAGCGGAGAGCAUGAGGCGCUCAGAGCGGGAAGAGCGUGGAGGGGGAGCGCUUAGCUUCGCGCAGCCCUGAGCCAAGCCUCCGCGCUGGACUCCGGAAGACAUGACAAUGGCUGGGGGAAGGAGAGGGCUGGUGGCUCCCCAGAACACCUUUCUGGAGAACAUUGUGCGGAGAUCUAACGAUACUAAUUUUGUCUUGGGUAAUGCCCAGAUAGUGGAUUGGCCUAUUGUAUACAGCAAUGAUGGAUUUUGCAAGCUAUCAGGAUAUCACAGAGCAGAAGUUAUGCAAAAAAGCAGCACCUGCAGUUUUAUGUAUGGGGAGCUGACAGACAAAGACACAAUUGACAAGGUGCGGCAAACGUUUGAGAACUACGAAAUGAAUUCCUUUGAAAUCUUGAUGUACAAAAAGAACAGGACACCUGUCUGGUUCUUUGUGAAAAUUGCUCCGAUUCGAAAUGAACAGGAUAAAGUGGUUUUAUUUCUUUGCACUUUCAGUGACAUAACAGCUUUCAAACAGCCCAUUGAGGAUGAUUCAUGUAAAGGCUGGGGGAAGUUUGCUCGCUUGACACGAGCCCUCACAAGCAGCCGGGGCGUCUUGCAGCAGCUUGCUCCAAGCGUGCAGAAAGGAGAGAACGUUCACAAGCAUUCCCGACUUGCUGAGGUACUGCAGCUGGGCUCUGAAAUCCUUCCACAGUACAAACAAGAGGCACCAAAGACUCCACCACAUAUCAUUUUACAUUAUUGUGUUUUCAAGACCACCUGGGACUGGAUCAUCCUGAUUUUAACCUUCUACACUGCUAUUUUGGUCCCUUACAACGUCUCCUUUAAAACCAAACAGAAUAACGUGGCCUGGCUGGUGGUAGAUAGCAUUGUAGAUGAUUUUUUAGUAGACAUUGUGCUUAAUUUCCAUACCACCUUCGUCGGGCCAGCUGGAGAGGUGAUCUCAGACCCAAAGCUGAUCCGCAUGAACUACCUGAAGACCUGGUUUGUGAUUGAUCUGCUUUCGUGCUUGCCAUACGACGUCAUCAAUGCAUUUGAGAAUGUUGAUGAGGGAAUCAGUAGCCUGUUCAGUUCACUGAAAGUAGUCCGACUUCUUCGGCUGGGUCGUGUGGCUCGGAAGUUGGAUCAUUACAUUGAGUAUGGAGCAGCUGUCUUGGUUCUGCUGGUGUGUGUGUUUGGUCUUGCCGCUCACUGGUUGGCUUGCAUUUGGUACAGCAUAGGAGAUUAUGAAGUUAUUAAUGAGGAUACAAACACAAUCCGAACUGAAAGUUGGCUCUACCAGCUGGGGGAGUCCAUAGGAACGCCGUAUCGGUUUAACUCGACAGGUUCAGGGAAAUGGGAAGGGGGGCCAAGCAAGGAUUCUGUUUAUAUCUCCUCGUUGUACUUCACAAUGACUAGCCUCACCAGUGUUGGAUUUGGGAACAUUGCCCCCACUACAGAUGGCGAGAAGAUCUUUGCGGUUGCUAUGAUGAUGAUUGGCUCACUUCUAUAUGCCACCAUUUUUGGUAACGUGACAACCAUCUUCCAGCAAAUGUAUGCCAACACAAACCGGUACCAUGAAAUGCUGAAUAGCGUCCGGGACUUCCUUAAACUCUACCAAGUGCCCAAAGGUCUGAGUGAACGUGUGAUGGACUAUAUCGUUUCCACUUGGUCAAUGUCCAGGGGGAUAGAUACUGAAAAGGUUUUACAGAUCUGCCCUAAGGAUAUGCGAGCAGACAUCUGUGUGCAUCUGAACCGCAAAGUUUUCAAGGAGCACCCAGCAUUCAGACUGGCUAGCGAUGGGUGCCUUCGAGCCCUGGCCAUGGAAUUUCAGACUGUACACUGUGCCCCCGGGGAUCUGAUCUACCAUGCUGGCGAGAGUGUGGACAGCCUUUGUUUUGUGGUUUCAGGGUCUUUGGAAGUAAUCCAGGACGAUGAAGUUGUUGCUAUUUUGGGCAAAGGAGAUGUUUUUGGCGAUGUGUUUUGGAAAGAAGCUACCCUUGCUCAGUCCUGUGCUAAUGUAAGAGCCUUGACUUACUGUGACCUUCAUGUGAUUAAAAGGGAUGCCUUACAGAAAGUGCUGGAGUUCUAUACAGCCUUUUCUCACUCCUUCUCUAGGAACCUCAUCUUAACCUACAACUUGAGAAAAAGGAUUGUGUUCCGGAAGAUCAGUGAUGUCAAACGUGAAGAAGAAGAGAGGAUGAAAAGGAAGAAUGAAGCGCCUUUGAUUCUACCACCAGACCACCCGGUCCGUCGGCUGUUUCAAAGAUUCAGGCAACAGAAAGAAGCCCGGCUAGCGGCAGAAAGGGGGAGGGAUCCAGAUGACCUGGAUGUGGAAAAGGGCAACAUUCUAGCCGAGCACUCUCGCACUAUUGUGAAAGCUAGCAUUGUAACAGUAAGGGAGAGCCCUGCAACCCCUGGUUCGUACCAGUCUGCUUCAACAUCCGGUGUGCCCGAUCAUGCCAAAUUGCAGGCCCCUACAUCAGACUAUGCAGGGUGCAAAGUGUCCGGUGACUACCCAAGACGCAAAGGCUGGGCCAAAUUCAAAGAUGCUUGCGGAAAGGGGGAAGACUGGAACAAAGUAUCCAAAGCAGAAUCCAUGGAGACUUUACCAGAAAGAACUAAAACUUCAGGAGAGACUACACUGAAGAAGACAGACUCUUGUGACAGUGGCAUUACAAAAAGUGACUUGCGCUUGGACAAUGUUGAGGAGACAAGGAGCCCUCAGGACCGAAGUCCUGUCCUUACAGAGGUCAAGCAUUCUUUUUACCCUAUCCCAGAACAGACUCUUCAGGCUGCCAUGCUGGAAGUAAAACAUGAGCUGAAAGAGGACAUCAAGACUUUAAACACAAAAAUGAGCAGUAUAGAAAAACAGCUUGCGGAGAUACUAAGGAUAUUAACCUCAAGAAGAAGCUCUCAGUCACCACAGGAGCUGUUUGAAAUAUCAAGGCCCCAGUCUCCAGAAUCAGAAAAGGACAUUUUUGGAGCAAGCUGAGAUGUUUCUUUUUUAAAAAAUAAAAAAAAACAUACAAAUAAACACCCCCCCAACCAUUUAAAAUUUAGCCUUUCUUGAUGAAAACCAGUGAGGGAUCAGUUCAUUAAGCAUGUUCCUUGUCUCUAAAAAGGUACAGUAACAGGAAUUGCAACCUCAUGUCAAGAUGGCAGCUGACACUGAAGUCUUUUGACAGCAAGGGUACAUUUUAUAAAGUUUUUUUUUCAUCUC